UCAUUGAUAUUAGACAUGAUAUUACGCGUAAUGUUUCCCUAUAUUAUGUAAAAGACACUUUUGUUCAAUGGUAAUCAAUGUCCUUAACAAGCAUGGCGUCUGUCGUGCAAGGACUAGGUGUUAGAGUUUGUAAACUUUCUGCCAUGCAUCGAACUGUGACAACAUGUGCACUGCGAUGCCAAAUGGCCCUACAUGGGUCAAGCAUUCCAGUUCAGAUUAGCAAGCAGACCACGAUUCUGACCGCAUAUACAGGUUCUGUGUAUCUCAAGCAAGUCAGAAGUGUUAGUUUUGUAGGGAAAGUGACGGCUGAAGACUUGUGGGGAGGUGUGUUUGGAGUCAGUAAUGCUGGACGAAAACGUGGUCGAGGUAAACAUGGUCGCAGAAAAGUGGACUUAAACAAGGGGCAGGUCAUCGGUCUUGGUAAAGAUAACAUGGUGUGGCCAGGGUUGAAUGCCCCUGUGAUCAAAGGUCGAGAGCUUAUUUCGAUCAAGCCACUGCCUCCAGAUCCUGAGAAAGAGACAAAGAUUAAAGAAGCACGAGAUCGAACUUCUCAAUUCAGAACAUUUAAAGUGCCAGCACUACAGCGAGGGUGGACUGGUGGUAAACUAGGAGGCACUAGCAUUGGGCCUCCUGACCCAGUGGGAGAUUAUGUUUUUAAAGGAUUUGACACGAGAGUUCUAGAGUUUAAACUUGUGACCAACAUGACUGGAAACCUAGGCCGAAAACAACGUUUCAGUUCAUUUGUGGUAACAGGAAACAAAAAUGGCCUUGCAGGGUUUGCAUUGGCCAAAGCUCCAAAUGCAAAAGCAUCAUUGAGAAAGGCAAAGAACAUGGCUGCUCAGAGACUUCAGUAUAUAGAGAGAUACAAUGACCAUACAGUUUUUCACAACUUCUAUUCAAAAGAAGAACAUACAGCAGUAUAUGCCUUUAAGGUGGCAAAAGGAUAUGGCUUAAGAUGUCACCGUGUCGUGAAAACCAUAUGUGAAAUAAUAGGUAUUAAGGACAUAUCUGUAAAAGUGGAAGGAUCCAUUAAGAAUACUCAGAAUCUAACCAAAGCUUUCUUCAAUGGUCUUCUCAAACAGGAAACUCACCAAGAUCUUGCCAAUCGCAUGAAACUGAAUGUGGUUGAGUUUCGAAAGGAAAGGGAUAAUAUACCUUUACUAUUGGCUGCACCAGAGGAAGGCAAAACACGUGAGGAAGGCAUUAAUGACCCAGGGUUUAUUUUUGACUACAUGCACUUUGAUGGACGUGUGCCACUGUACAGGCCCAAACGUGAACCAUUCUACAAAAAAUUACCAAGCUGGAAACGCAAAUUCAAAUGGAUAAUGAAGACACGUGGUCAGAAGCAAGCUCAAUUGGAAAGAAUUGCGCUGGGAUUAGAACCAUCAUUCCAGGAAAAAAUGCUACGUGCUAGGCCCCUUAAGUAAAACAUUUUUCAUUGCUGUGUUUGGAUAUGCAGACACAGUCCUCUUUCUGCAUAUUUUUUCCCAGAGAGAAGUUUUCAGGUUCAGUGUGGAAUGUAUGUACAGUUCUUUGAAAAAUAAACAAGACUGGCUUUGCACGUGAUAAACAAACACGAUUGAUGUAAAAACAC